CAAAUACACAAUAACAAAGAGUGCAAUCAUUUGUUUUCAUAACACGGAAUAAAAUGGAAAAUCACUUAUCACUUAUCGUAUCAGUCAUAUAAGAGUUUACGUUAAAUGGUGGUCCAGUCAUGGCAUAACAUAACUUUCCAAUAGAAAACCCUUUUUCCCAAACUCAACACUCUGCACGAAACACAUCAUGUCGGACGAGGAAAGGGAACCACUGAUAACGCCCGCCAUACCAUCGACCGGGUCCGGCUAUGGCAGUGGGGAAAAUGCGCGCGACGCAAUGUCAAAGUUCGUGGUGAACAAUGUGGCGGGUGAAUCGGGCCGGAAAUUGCCACAGUAUCUUGCCGGACUGGCUGCAUCGGGUGGUGCGCUUGCGGCCGGUACUUUUCUCGGCUGGACAGCACCGACGGACAAACCGCUAACCCAGGAGAGCGAGUAUGGAUUUCCAAUCUCGGACGAACAGUUUUCGUGGAUCGGUUCAAUCUCGAACCUGGGCGCGGCCUUGAUGUGUUUCCCGAUCGGGUACAUGAUGAAGAUGAUUGGAAGGAAGUGGUCCAUGUUGGCGAUGGUGCUACCUCUCGUGCUGGGAUGGUUGCUGAUUAUCUUUGCGGAGAACGUUGGUAUGAUGAUGGUGGGACGGUUUUUCCUUGGCGUUGGUGGUGGUGCGUUCUGUGUGGCGGCACCAACGUACACGGCGGAAAUCGCACAACCAUCGAUCCGCGGUACGCUCGGUACGUUCUUCCAGCUGAUGGUGACGCUUGGCAUCCUGUUCGUGUAUGCGGUCGGGUCUGGAGUGGACGUGCAGGUGCUCAGCAUUAUCUGCGGUGUGAUACCGCUCGCGUUCGGGGCCAUCUUUUUCUUCAUGCCGGAAAGCCCAUACUAUUUCGUGGAAAAGGGCCGGUACAGUGAAGCAUCAAGCUCGCUAAAGUGGCUUCGCGGCGCACAGUACGACGAGGCGGCCGAGAUCGAAGAUCUGAAGCAGGCAGAUGAGAAGGUGAAGUCGGAAGCGAUUCCGAUGCUGGUGGCGUUCCGGGAGAAGGCCACAAUUCGUGCGUUGAUUAUCUCGCUCGGGCUGAUGUUCUUCCAGCAGCUGUCCGGUAUUAAUGCGGUUAUUUUCUACAAUUCGGCCAUUUUCGCCAGUGCCAAUGGUGGCAAGGAGAUGAGCUCGGCGUCCAUUAUCGUGGGUGGCAUCCAGGUGGUGGCUACUCUAGUCGCAUCCGCCGUGGUUGACAAAGUGGGCCGUCGUAUUCUGCUGCUCGUGUCCGACCUGAUGAUGGCCGUGUCAACGAUUCUACUCGCGGUUUACUUCCAGCUAAAGCAGGACGACCCUGCCAAGGUGGACGAUCUCAGUUGGUUAGCCGUGAUGGCCGUGUGUCUGUUCAUUGCCAUGUUCUCGAUUGGUUACGGUCCCGUACCGUGGCUGAUGGUGGGCGAACUGUUUGCUAACAAUGUGAAAGCAUUCGCCAGCCCGGUGGCUGGUGUGUUUAACUGGCUGCUUGCCUUCCUGGUGACGAAAGUGUUCACCAACCUGAAGGAUGCGAUGGGCGAGGCGGGCGUAUUUUGGCUGUUUUCGGGCAUUUCACUCCUUGGUACGGUGUUUGUGUUUGUGAUGGUGCCGGAAACGAAGGGCAAAUCGCUUAGCGACAUUCAACGGUUACUAGCUGGGGAGAAGCUAAACACGGAACAAGCCAGCAUGGAAGCCCGGGAAGAGGAACGGACCCCGCAGGCCAUAGCAUAAGACUGUACGCCCUCCCGCCCAUACACUUUUGAUUUUAUGAACCGGAAGGGUUGAUUUUUUAUGUUGUACACAUGACGUGCGGUUUGAAUUGUUUUACCUCUAUGUUUGUUUGUUUGUUUGUUUGCUUCUGAACGUCGUGAUCUAAUCGAUGUGAUAAAAAAGGUUAGCUUCGGACUGGACGGUUCAAACCGAAUCGUGUGUUUGCCUAGCGACGGGCAACUGGCAUCCAAAUGAUCAGCAGCGACUGAUUGUGUGCGGUAUUGUAUUGAAUAGGCUAAAACCACUAGGAAGAUAUGUAUCAAUUAUAUUGACAGUACAUUAAUAAAACUGUAAUUUAAAAUAACAUUCUGCUCUAGACAAA